AUGAGUUUGUACUUACUAUCCAAAUUGUGUUAUUUGCAGCCCAUUCCAUAUCGCAGUCAAUUGCAAGAGAAAAUUGAACCUGGACAAACGUUAAUUAUUAAAGGAUCAACGAUCGAUGAAAGUCAACGGUUUACUGUGAAUUUGCACUGUAAAUCGGCAGAUUUCAGUGGAAAUGAUGUGCCAUUUCACCUUUCAGUUCGAUUUGACGAAGGCAAAAUUGUGAUGAAUAGUUUUAUGAAUGGAGAGUGGGGUAAAGAGGAACGGAAGAGCAUUCCAUUCAAAAAAGGUACACCUUUUGAUAUUCGGAUCCGGGCACAUGAUGAUCGUUUUCAGGUUUUCUGUGAUCAGAAGGAAUUCAAAGAUUUUGAACAUCGUUUGCCGUUGUCCUCUGUAACUCACUUAUCGGUCGAUGGUGAUUUAUAUCUCAACCAGGUACAUUGGGGUGGAAAGUAUUAUCCGGUACCUUAUGAAAGUGGUAUUUCUCAAGGCUUGGGUGUGAGUAAAACUUUAGUGGUAUUUUUGUGUCCAGAAAAGAAAGGCAAGCGUUUCAAUAUCAAUUUACUAAAGAGGAAUGGAGAUAUUGCUCUACAUUUCAACCCGCGUUUUGAUGAAAAGGCAGUUAUUCGUAACGCUCUUCAGAGUGGUGAAUGGGGUAACGAAGAAAAAGAAGGCAAAAUGCCUUUUGAGAAAGGUGUCGGCGCUGAUUUGAGAAUUAUCAACGAGGAAUAUGGAUUUCAGAUUUAUGUAAAUGAUAUGCGAUUUUGCACAUUUGCACAUCGUUCUGAUCCUCAUGACAUCACGGGUUUGCAAAUUCAUGGUGAUGUGGAACUUACGGGCAUACAAAUUCACUGA